AAUGAGUUUAGGAUCUCUUCAAUUUCCUUCCGUAGUUCCUAAACCCACCAUUCAAACUAUUAUAGAAAGAGCAUGUCAUCCUCAAUUGGUUGAACCAGAUCUAGCAUUGGAUUUAGAAAUCGUGGAUUUGAUCAACCAAAAAAAGCAAAAUUAUCCACGCGAUGCUGCUAUGCAUAUAGUGAAGCUUAUAAAUCAUCGAAAUCCACAUGUUUCAAUGCUUGCCUUGAAGUUAUUGGAUAUCUGCGUAAAAAAUUGUGGUUAUCCCUUUCAUUUACAAAUCGCGACAAAAGAAUUUCUUAAUGACCUUGUUCGAAAAUUUCCAGAAAGGCCACCUAUCGUACCGAAUCCAAUACAGUUGAGGAUUUUAGAAUUCAUACAAGCAUGGAAAUCAACCAUAUGUGUUACUUCGCGUCAUAAAGAGGAUCUUGUUCAUAUCAAUGACAUGUAUCGUUUGCUGCUUUAUAAAGAUAAUCGAUCCGCGGCAGUCCUCAAUCCAUCAGAGACAUUAAAGUCUCCAGACGAACUUGAGCAAGAGGAUCGUGCUGCGCAAGCAGCGAAAUUACAAGAAUUAAUUCGUAGAGGUCUUCCAUCAGAUUUAGAGGAAGCGAAUGUUCUUAUGAAAAUCAUGGCUGGAUACGAUCCUGAAGCUAAACCUGAUUAUAAGAAGCAAGCCAAUGAAGAAUUAGAUAAAAUUCAACAAAAAACGAUACUUUUGAAUGAUAUGCUUGAUAAUGUUAAAUCUGGUGAAAAGAUAGGUGCUAACGAUAUAUUUGAGGAGUUAUCUCAGGCUUGUAAAGCUGUACAGCCUAAAAUUCAGAAAUUUGUUUCUGAAGAUGAUGACACAGAAAGCAUCGAUCGAUUGUUAACACUAAAUGAUUUGAUUAAUUCGGUAUUGAAAAGAUAUGAGAAUGUAAAGAAUGGAAUAUUCGAACAGCUUGAGGAUAAAUUACCACCACAAACACCGCAAACACCACCAACUACGAUGGCAUCUUCUUCAGAAUCUUGGCUAAUCGAUUUGGAAGAACCUGAUCAACCACGAGGUCAAAUUCAAAUUACUGAUGAUUUGCUUGGCCUAAGUGAUUCUAAUAAUAAGGAAUCUUCUGGAAAAGGGAAUGCUAUUGAUGAUUUACUUGGAUUAUCUUUCAAUUGA